AUGUUGCUGGGUUGCAGCUACCUCUUCAUAUUUCUGUUUGAGUUCGUCGCCAGAUCGUCGACGAACCGUUUCUCCAUGAACGCCAACGUCGAAGUCGGCAUGUGGCUUUUGGCGUGGCCAGACGUCGUCCGCGUGCCCAUCGGCAGAGACGAUUGCCAAGGCGGCACCAAGCGAGUCAUACAUAAACCAAACAGUUUGGCACUGACGGCGACGCUGCGCGCGAUCUUGCCAGAUUACGAAGCGACGGAGUACGUGGAGCCAAUGGCCGACAAGGUCGAAGUCAAAGGUGUGAUGCUCGUCAAAGCUAAAUUCAUAUGGGAUGCUAUGAGAAAGUUGAACAGGCUCGAAGAAGAACAGAGGAAGUUCUGGGCGAUCCUAUCGGAAGGCGAAUGCAAUGUUGGACACCUGCGCUACUUCGGAGUAAAGAACUUCAUCACCUUUGGGGAUGACGAGCCCGUCUGGAUCGACGAGACCUUCGAACAGGUGAAGACCAAGGGCUUCUUCAAGCUUCUACCGGGUGCGAAAGUCGAACACCCCUCUGAAGAGUUCUUGGAUAUGUACAAGACCUUGAAUGCCGGUGCAGCCUACGAGAUCGCGAACAAUUUCAAGGUGCCCUUGGACCUCUGGCAUGACGGUAUCAAUGUUUUGGGCCAAGGGAAUAUGAGCCACGCAAUCCAAGCCCACAUGCAUUUGGCUUUGCUGAUUCACCAUGGUGACAAGAUGCUGCGCCGCAAGGCAGCAAGAGAAGGAAAAGGGGCGAGGUCCAAGCACGACGCGAUUGAGAUCGUGAGCGCGUUCAACGCGUCCCAGUUUCUGAAGAACGAUGCUCAUCUGAAGAGGGCUUGCUUUUGGGCAAUUCGUUCAGUGCUCCCGCCUGAGCUUGCUCACGAGUACUGCGUUUCGCUCGAGAUGGAGUCUGUCACGGGGCGGUCUCCACAUAAGUCGACUCUGUCGCGGAUGAGGGGAAGAGUCGACGUGGCCUGGAUGCUCACAGCACGGGAUCUAUUCCAGAACAUGCUUGACGUGGACGGCAUCGUCGUGUUCCCGAUCCCAGACUCAAGCCCCCAAGGAGGCAGGGACUGCGAGAACGCAGUUCUGACCAUCAUCAGCCGCCAGAACCUCGUUGCAUUGCGCGGGCUUUCAAGCGACCUGGAUCGCCGCAACAGCACCAUGACUGUAGAGCAGCGCGCCGCCGACUGGACCUCCGAAGCUCUCAUCAUGAAGAAGGUCGAGGAGAAGAUCAUGAGGCGCGUCGCCCCAGCAGUGCAGCUGGGCUUUGGGCGGACGAAUCUUUCGGCGAAGUUCCACGCGAUCAUGCGCCAGUUGUUCUUGCUCAGCCCCUCCGUCGACCACUUCUGCAAACUUGUCGGCUCUGUCCCCGUCUGGCUGUCGGAUCAGGGCACGGAAAGCGGCUUGGCGCGCAUCGAGCCCAUCGCCGUGCAGGACGAGCUGGAGUUCACGAGGGAGUGCGAGGUGAACGACGACGAGGUUGACUUCGCUCAGCCUGCAGCAGCGCCGAGCAGGGAUUUUAUAAAUUUGACCUGGAGCCUGGAGUUCGACGGGACGCUGCACCUGUGCCACGACGCGGGCAAUCACCUGGAGGACGUGAUGCCAGACUACAAAGACGCUGUCUGGAGGCUCAGCAAGGUGUCGAAGCUUCUGGACGAUCCUGAAUCGAAAGAACGGUUGGAGGCGACAUGCGUCUCAUCUCCGCCAGCACUGAAAGCUUUAUUCGAGCCCAUCAAGAAAUUCAAAGGACAUUGUCAUGUCGAACGAUGGGGCACAGUUGCCAACACUCUGCUGAGUAUUACUGGUAACGUCGAGGCAGCCUUACGGUAUGCGUGGGAUGCUUCCAAGUACACUCAUGGCAAAAAGAAAGGUAGAGAGGAACCUUUUAAUGUCAAGUUGGGAGUUCUGGAUGAUACAAUCAACACGCCAUACUGGUGGGCCUACUGGGGUAUGCUUGAGAAGAUCGCACAGGCGCUGUUCGAUGUUAUCAGGUGGUGUGAAUCGUGCUCUUGUCAUAUCGGCUGGCUCGAAUGCCUUCGAGGCCAAGAGUGUGCAUCCAACCUUACAGAGGAACAGAUCAAUACCAUGAAAGAACAUGCUUCAAAAUGCCCACUGAGAGGCAUGCGAUGCCACGACGUGUGCGCGGGUAUGCUGCUCGACUACGUGAAGGACCGUCUGCGCUACCACAUCGCAGACUUCGCCAGCAACAUCCCAUCGGACGUUUCGAGGGGAGACGCGAAGCGCAUCCUCGAUCAGAUGGAGAGCGGCAGGAUGUCCAACCUCAGCCCGUACAUGACCGCAAGCAUGGACACGUUCUGGCGCUUUACUCAAAUGGUUGCUAAGGUAUCUUCUGGCAAGGCCGCUGUGAAGCUAUUGGGACUCGAGCGCCAUCCAGAGGCAAAGCAGCUGGAGACGAUGCAUUCCUCAGACAAGCUGUUCUGGGAUGUGAUCUACCACGCAGGCCCCUACACCAAGUACAGGAUGCCAUCGCCUAAGAUCAAGGUUAAGCAAGUCGGGGCUGUUGAGCUGAAUGGCAAGGCCCCUCCGAUCGACACGGCCGAUGCCGCGUGCAAGCGGGCCGCUUUCGUGAGCCACGUGAUCGAGAAGCUGUCUGCAGAUGGCACAAUGCAUUGCAUGCCCAUGCAGCUCACCGCGCUCAUGCCCUUGAGGAAACUUCUCCAAGUACGACAUGCAGUACCUGAGACAUCAGACGAUUGUGAGCACGGUUGGGGUCUCUCUGAAGCUUGCCAGGAUGAUCUCAUUCCUGAUGAUGCCUUCGCUGAGCAGGACUGUGAGUUUGCAGAGUACUUCUUCUUCAAGCCUUUCAAGGCGCAUAUUCCGAGAGAGCAACUGGAUUGCCUUGAUGAGGUUGUCAGGGGCAUCUUGAGGUACCCGGACGGUGCGCCGCGCGACGCCAUCGUGCCGACACACUCCCUCAACCCACACAUCGAGAAGCUCGUCGACGCGUUCUUCGAGCUAGGCUUCUUGGACGGCCCGCCAUAUAAGUUCACGAUCCAAGGGAAGGCAGCUUUGGAGAUCGGCAUAUCGCUGGGGAGACCCACGCACCUGCUUCAGCGCUUCGAUGCGUUCGCCGGCGGAGACAUCAACAAGGCGACCUUGGCAGAGUUGAUCCUGGGGAUGGAGCAUGACGGCUGGCUGCACGCCGACCUGUCGACUUCGAGGAAUUGCCCCAACCCCAGGGAGAAAAGGGCAGCCAUUGCCAACCCUUUCAGAGCUUUGGCAGACAAGAAAUGGUAUUCGUUCAAGGCGCACUCGGUCAGCAGGUACUACUUGAUGGCGCUGCUGAUAGCCAGCGAGCCGAUGGCAGGCACCCACAUCCACGAGGUACCGCAUUUCGGGACCAACGCGACGUACAUGGAGAUCUUGGGCUUGCAGCCGCCGCCUGGCAAUGCGCCAGCGGCCAUUAUAGGCGACGUGGAUUGGCCAGAGGACAGCCUGCCAGCUCUCAAGAAGGCGAAGACCUCGAAGGGCGUUUACCUUGGCGGAGGUGGUCGGAAGCUGAAGCCCUCGGCGGGCGCAGAUGACGGCGUGGUCGUCGGGUUCGACGACGUCGACGACGGCAAGGGCCACGUGGUGGAGACGGACGACGAGCACGGGAACAAGUACUAUCGGCACAUCAGCUUGUACAAGUACUGGAACAAGGUGACAGGCAACCACAACGGGUGGAACGCAUACUGCGCCAGGUGCGGCCACUCGGUUGGCAGGACCAAGUGCACCAAGUCGCAGACGGCGAAUGGCGACGGAGGUGACGAGGGUGCGCAGCGCCGUCUCCUUUACUGGGGGAGCCUCGGCCACACGGUCGACUGCAAGGCGGACCACAAGGAGCUGUGGAGCACCGUGGUGACGGCCUGGGACAACGACGAGAUCCCUGAUCUGGCCGUCCUGGAGGUCGAGGCUUGCAAGAAGGACUAG